GUGACGUCACGCGCGAGGGAGGCGAUCCCAGAAUGCGCAGCGCGCGCAAGAUGGACGACGUCUCGGUGGAGGUGCGCGGCUCCAAUGGGGCGUUUUACAAGGCUUUUGUAAAAGACAUUCAUGAAGACUCACUGACGGUCACAUUUGAAAACAGUUGGCAGCCAGAGAGGCAGAUCCCAUUCCAGGACGUGCGGCUGCCUCCUCCCGAUGACUGUGGCAAGGUCAUCACCGAGGGGGAUGAAGUGGAGGUGUUCUCCAGAGCCAACGAGAAUGAGCCGUGCGGGUGGUGGCUGGCGCGCGUGCGGAUGAUGAAGGGCGAGUUUUACGUGAUCGAGUACGCGGCCUGCGACGCGACGUACAACGAGAUCGUGACAGUGGAGCGCCUCAGGCCCGUGAACCCCAACAACCCCGUGGGCAAGAACAGCUUUCGCAAGUUCAGCAUCCCUGUCCCGGAGGACUUGCGGCAAGCGUGUGUGGAUGAAGCCACUCACAGAGACUUCAAGAAGGCCAUCGGAGCCAACUCUGUCGUGUUUGACACCGAGAGCAGCAGCCUCGUCGUCAUGUCCACGUGCGAGUCGACGGUUAAGCGUGCGGGCUUGCUCAGCGACAUGCACUUCAGGAGCAUCCGCACGAAGCUGCUGCUGCUGGCGCGCAACCAGGAGGCCACCAAGCAGCUGGAGACGACGCGGCAGCUGGCGGCGGCAUUCCGCGAGGAGUUUUCGGUGCGCGACGAUCUCAUCGGCCUGGCGAUCGGCGCGCACGGCGCCAACAUCCAGGCGGCUCGCCGUGUGUCCGGCGUUUCGGCCAUCGAGCUCGACGAGGAGGGGGGAGCCUUCCGCAUCUUCGGCGAGACCCCGGAGGCCGUGAGACAGGCGCGCAGUAUGCUCGAGUUCACCGAGGACUCCGUGCAAGUUCCAAGGUUGUUUGUCGGCAAGGUGAUCGGUAAAAAUGGCAAAGCAAUCCAGGAGAUCGUCGAUAAAUCCGGCGUUGUGCGGGUCAAGAUUGAGGGCGAUGACACCAAGAAGCAUACGCGCGAAGAGGGAAUGGUGCCGUUUACCUUCGUCGGGACCAAGGAGAAUUUGAGCAAUGCACGCGUUCUGCUGGAGUAUCACCUCUCUUAUCUCAAGGAGGUGGAGGAGCUGCGCAUGGAACGGCUGCAGAUCGACGAGCAGCUCCGUCAGAUCGGGCUGGGCUCUCGCUCGGCGCUGCUGGGCGGCCGUCCCGGCGAGCGCGAGCGACCCGACGCCCCCGCCGGGCCCGCUGCCGCCGCUGCUGAUGACUCGGCGCCACCGGGGGGCCCGACACGCGGGGGUCGCUCGUACCUGGGCCGCGGGCGCGCCAGAAGGGCCUACAACUCGGGAUACGGAACCAACUCCGAGCACUCGAACGCGUCCGAGACAGAGUCGGAGAGACGGGACGAGCCGCGGGGCCGCGGGGGCCCAGCGCGCGGCAGGGGCAGCGCCCCCACGGCGCGAGGUGGGGCGGCACGGGGAGCCGCCUUUGCCCAAGGGGGAAAGGAGACGGCGGGCGCCAACUCGCUGGGAUUCGCCGAGGAUGCUGAGCGGGCGGGCGACACGGACGGCAGCGAUGCGUGGCCCCGGCCGCGGCGGAAGCAGUCCCGCAGGCGGCGCACGGACGAGGACGCCGUGGUCAUCGACUCGGUCAGCGAGUCCGACACCACCUCGGUCAACGGCAACGACGAGGGAGAGGAGCCGUCGCGGAACAAGAGACGGAACAGGAGCGCUCGCCGGAGAAUGCCUGGGCCCAGCUCGCCGAGCCUGGAGAGGCAGCCAGUGACUGUGGCAGAUUACAUUUCAAGGGCCGAGUCUCAGAGCAGACAGUUGCCACCACCCGCUGAUUCUGGGAAGGCCCCUAACGCACAGGACCGCGGCGGUGCCAUCGCCGCCGGCGCUGCGGAGCGCGGAGACGCCGUGCCAAAACCUCCCGGCGCUGCGGUGAACGGCGCCAGCAAGCAGCUGCAGCAAAGAGGAUCCAGGGAGCGAGGGGCCAGGAGGGGAGACAAGUUUGAGGGGAAGGUUGAGACAGCUGCCCCAGCAGUAGCAGCGGCGGCAGCUGCAGCUGCAGCAGCCACCAAAACCGUGAUGCUUAAUGGCACCGACUAGAGGAGAGAUACAGAGAGAGAAAAAAGAGAGAUGAAACAAAAGAUGACAUUGUAAUUCAAACCGUUGUUGCAGUUGUUUUUCACCCCUGAAAUUUCCGUCUUUGAGAAAUGCAGUACGAAGGUGAACCCUGCAAGAAAAAAAAACCGAGUCAUUGGUUUUUAAGACGUGUCCGUUUUUUUGUACUUCUAAAAAAAAAAAUACCUUCUUUUUUUAAAUUGAAACAAGCAAUCCACGUGAGGAGUGCCUUGUGGAGGAAAAAAAAUAAGUAUAUAAGGAAUUAAUAUACAGAUGUAUAUUGUUAAGAAACUACUACUACUAAUAAAUUAACAAGUAGGGGGGAUGUAGGCUGGCAUUUCGGCGAUGCUGCUUCGUUAUGGGACGUGCGAAGAAAUAAAAAACAAAACCUUUGUCGCGGGAAAACAGUGACGCUCAAGAAGGACUUUGUAAAAAAAAAAAAAAUGUGCUGUAUGAUGUUGCAUGUUACAUUUCUCAUUCUAUCCGGCACGGUGUUUUUGUUACCUUUCGGGGGGGCGGCGGCGGCACGGGGCGAUGGGGCGGGAGGCGCGCGGCCUCUUGUGGAUGCUGAGAUUGCGAACGACGACGUUUUAAGUGACAAUUGUAAAGCGAAAGGCCCGCGCGCAACGCACGGUCAAGUUGCAAGAGGGGGGUGGUACGGUGGAGAGAGAGAGAGUUUCGUGCGUGGCGGACUUGUUGCGUUUUUUGCGCCAGGAUUUAGUUUCGCCACGGAGGAAGAGAGGAGGACGGAUCGCCCGCCGACUUAGUUGGUCCUUCACCCGCCCCGGGUCGGGCAGCAAAAAAGAAAACGGAGGAAGAGAGAGAAUGUCUCUCGUUGAGGUGUUGAGGUGGUCGGUGGUCGGCCACGAAGCGAUGAGCUCUGGGGGAGUCCUGGUGGCACGUGGGGGGGGGGGGCGGGGUUAGCGCGUUGUAAUAGUAACGACGAGCAUUGGCGGGGAACGAACGAGAGAUUUGAAAAUCGCGUGACGAGUGAUUCUGUCCCUUACGUUUUGGUUUUUUUUGUCAACUGUUAUUAUUGAGAAUUAAAUUACAUUGCUUUUUAAAACCAAA